UUUCUCAGUAACGUAUUACCACAAAAGCGUUAUCAGAGCGAUGGUGGCAGUGAAAACUUACUGAGUAACUUAAUACCAAAAAGACGUUAUGAUAACGUCGAACAUUGUAUAAAAAUCACACCUGUUAUUGAAAUAGUAGGGUGUUAUUGGUAACACGUUAUCCUGGUAAUAGGUUACCACUAAAUAACCAUCUCACUAAGCCUAAUACGUGAACGUGAUAUACCGCCAAUCUCGAGUUAAUAGUGUUGACUUAGGUUAGGUUCUUGUGUUCGACUCGUCGUUUCCUCCUCGCCUACUAUUUUUGAGGUUAACGUACGUUUGUUUAUGUUUUGUUGUAUAAAGUUAAGAAACAGGAAUAAAAGAAUCAAUUAGAUUUUAUACCUUUAUUGAUUGCAUUUAAGCCUACAAAUGGAAGAUUUAAAUUUGGUGAUAGAAUUUGGAGGGGGAGCUGAAUUACUCUUUAAUAAAGUGAAGAAACAUUUUGUCCAACUUCCAGGAUCUUCUAAGCCAUGGACAUUAAGAAAACUUCUUGUGUGGCUGAAAGAAAACUUGUUGACUGAGAGACCUGAACUCUUUGUACAAGGAGAAACUGUGAGACCAGGAAUUCUUGUUCUUGUGAAUGAAUCAGAUUGGGAACUAUUGGGUCCUACUUCAGAAGAGGAAUGGCAAGAAAUUAUGCAAGGAUUUUCAAGUAGAUGGAAUUUUCCACGAUGUUGCGGAAGCAUCGAUGGUAAACAUGUCUCUAUAUACGAUGCCCAAGCAAUUCUGGCUCUGACUUCUACCACUACAAAGGUUCAUUUAGUACAAUACUUUUCGCAGUUGUUGAUGAUGCUUAUUGUUUCACCUACAUAG